AUGGAAGGUUCACCUACCGCGGCCCGCGUUGGGCAUUUCGCUAUCCGUCUGCCACCAUUUAUUCGGUCCCGCCCCGACUUAUGGUUUCAACAGGCGGAAUCGCAAUUCGCAUUAGGCAGCAUCACUUCCCUAUCGACUAGCUACCAUCACAUCUUGUCUGUCCUUUCCGAGGACGUGCUACUCGAGGUCAGCGACGUCAUCAGCUCACCUCCAUUAGAAGAUCCCUACGACGCCCUUAAGCGUGCUGUCAUCAGCAGAGUUCUUCCGUCCGAUCGUCAGCGGCUGCACGAGCUCUUCUCAAAGGAGCCCUUGGGGGACCACAAACCUUCACAGCUCCUGGCACUGUCUGUUACGGAAGAGACAGAUAUUGUGUCAUUAGCUGCCAGAGCGGAUAAGGCAAUGGAGCUGUUCUUCGACUCGUGCAACCCGUCUGCGCUGUCAGCGCUUGAAGGCACACAUGACUUUUCAUCUUCACCAAGCGCUCCUUCCCAGCACCAGUCACAGCAAGCAUCCUCUGUGUCGGCAGCGGAAAGCUCUGACCUGGCCUCGCUACGGGAAGAAGUCCGCCACAUUGCAGACAUACUCGAGCGAUCCGGACCCCGCGACCGCACUUCCUCAGGCCCAGACCGUUCUACUCAAUGUCGUCGUGCCGCACGUUCCCCAACUCCUCCCACUUCGCCGCAACGCGCCGACGCCACCUUUGUUGGUUCCACAGCCGUUUCGGUCGCAGAGCUCGGCGAUGCGAAUCCCCGAGUGCAUGGCAGGGAAACUACGCCGGGGGUUACUUGCGGCGACCGGAAGCCCCAUCACAUACGGCAAGGUCGCCUUUUCUUCAUCAAGAAUCGGUGCGGCAAGCACAAUUUCCUUGUCGAUACUGGAGCCGAGGUCAGCGUCCUUCCGGGCUCACCAUCCGACAGAAGCAGAACGCCCAUAAUGUAUCUCACAGCAGUAAACGGCUCCAAAAUUCCUGUUUACUACCGUCGUACAUGGCUCAAUAACACAGUUUGA